GAUAUAUCGAUGUAUCGAUAUUUUUUCGACGAGCCUAAGUCAAAGUAGCCGUGUUUUCACUUGUGCCAUUUUAUUAGUUAAAAUAAAUACUUUCUAUAUAAUCUGAUGCCGUAUUUCAGAUAGUGAAACAUAACAAAUAUUUAAUUCACGAUGGUUGGGCAAACGAAAGUGUUCGUGGGUAGUUUGCCUCAGGGCUCGAAGCCGGAAGAGUUGAGGAAGUUGUUCGAGCACUUCGGAGUGGUGACAGAAUGCGACAUCAUGAACAGAUGCGGCUUCGUUCACAUGCAGACCGAGGAGCAAGCCACCGCCGCUAUCAGAGACUUGCACAACUCCACGUUCAACGGCGGCGUGAUCACUGUGGAGCGGGGUCGGAUCAAGGAGAGAGGUCAGAGGGGCGGCCGCGGCGGAAUGGGUGGAGGCAUGAGAGGGACCGACCGGCGGGGAGGGAUUCGCGGCGGACCCUCGCGAGAUGCGCCGUACCCUUCUAUGCGCGACCGCGGCACUGGAGGGCCAAUGCGAGGCCCUCCGAUGGGCGGUAUGGGUGUAAGGAACGGGGGAGGUUACGACCGAAGCGUGGAACGCGCGCCCUUGGGCGGCGGCUACGCUGGCUACGGAGCUGACGACAGGUACAACGGGUACGGCGGCGAGGACAGGCGGGGCUUCGCGCUCGUGGACAACCGCGGCGCUCGGGACCCGUACGCAGCCCAGCCACCUAUGUACGCUGACGAGAGACGCACAUAUGCUCCACCAGUAGAUGACAUGGCAGCCAUGUACCCUGACGAAAGACGCGCGCCAAUGUACCCCGAUGAGAGAGAUAUGAUGGACCGUAGGCCCAUGUCGUCGGGCUAUGAGCGUGCGCCGCCGCGCGCUGCACCCAUGGGCAAUGGUGACAUGUACAAUAGAAGAGCUGAACCUACCAUGAGGGUCUCAACAGGAGCUGCAGCAGGCUAUGAGAGGGACCCCUACGCACAACAGUACCCACCUAUGGGACGGUGGUGAGGCCACGAGAGGCGAUGCGCGGCGGAGGCGACGGGCGGCGGCGCCCCUGCGGCGUGGAGUAGCUCCGCGCCCCGCCUCGCCUCCGACCGCUCGGCCGCGCGCUCCGAUGCGACGCGACGCGGACGCGUCUCGCGUGCGUGCCUCGUGCCUAUCGCGACCACUGAACCGCAGCAAGCUUUGCGCUCCUAUACUUAGUUAUUAUAAUAAGGAAAACGUGACGUUGACUCCCGGCGGACUCCGUGCGCCUUUUGAGCGGUUGACGUUAAUUUAUUUGACAUUAUCUGUAAUCUGAAAUGAACAAUCACGUUUUAAUUGAUAAGAUUUAACUUUUUAAGGUGAUUUAGAUGUAUGUUUUUUUCUUUCUCUUAGAUUAAAUUCCAUUUUUUUUAUAAUUA